ACACCAGCCAGGGUUUGUUCGUGGCGCUGGUAGGAGGAUUUCGAGCCGCAGCUGCUUUACAGAUGCUCUGUGGGCUCCAGGCCGUAAGUCCUCAGAUGCCCAGGCCAAACCCGCACUUGGCUGACACUGCCCAGCCACCAGGUGGCAGGAGAGGCCGGCGAGGCAGCUAGUGCCGCCCCGGCCCCGCCCCCGGACCAGUCCCGCCCACGUGGCCCCGCCCCCAACCCACCCGAAUUGCAGAGACUUGGCAGAGGCUGGGACUUGCCGCCCGGCUCCAGCCGUGGCGUGGUGGUCCGGAGAGUUCCUCAAGUUGCAGGGAGUCGCCGCUGGAGAGGGGCUCGGCGCCCGGCGGGGACUGCAGGCGAUGACUCAGGAUGCAGCCAGGGGCCACGACGUGCACGGAGGACCGCAUCCAGCAUGCCCUGGAGCGCUGCCUGCAUGGACUCAGCCUCGGCCGAGGCUCCACUUCCUGGUCAGCGGGACUGUGUCUGAACUGCUGGAGCCUACAGGAGCUGGUCAGCAGAGACCCAGGCCACUUUCUCAUCCUCCUGGAGCAGAUCCUGCAGAAAACCCGAGAGGUCCAAGAGAAAGGCACCUAUGACCUCCUCACCCCGCUGGCUCUGCUCUUCUAUUCCACUGUGCUCUGUACACCACACUUCCCACCAGACUCUGAUCUCCUUCUGAAGGCAGCCAGAACCUACCACCGGUUCCUGACCUGGCCUGUUCCUUACUGCAGUAUCUGCCAGGAACUGCUCACCUUCAUCGAUGCUGAACUUAAGGCCCCAGGAAUCUCCUACCAGAGACUGGUGCGGUCUGAGCAGGGCCUGCCCAUCAGGAGUCAACGAAGCUCCACCGUCACUGUGCUGUUGCUGAACCCAGUGGAGGUACAGGCUGAGUUCCUUGCCGUGGCUGACAAGUUGAGCACACCUGGGCACUCCCCCCACAGCGCCUACACCACCCUGCUCCUGCAUGCCUUCCAGGCCACCUUUGGUGCCCACUGUGACCUCCCUGGCCUGCACUGUAGGCUGCAGUCCAAGACCCUGGCAGAGCUCGAGGACAUCUUCACAGAGACUGCUGAGGCACAGGAGCAGGCAUCUGAAAUCGGGGAUGCAACUGAGGCUCGGAAGUGGCUCAGGACGAAGCUCCAGGCAGUGGGAGAAAAAGCUGGCUUCCCUGAGGUCUUAGACACCAUGAAACCUGGGAAGCUCCACACCAUCCCCAUCCCUGUCGCCAGGUGCUAUACCUACAGCUGGAACCAGGACAGCUUUGAUAUCCUACAGGAAAUCCUACUCAAGGAACAGGAGUUGCUGCAGCCAGGGAUCCUGGGAGAUGAUGAAGAGGAGGAGGAAGAGGAGGAGGAGGAGGAGGACUUGGAAGCAGAUGGUCAUUGUGCUGAGAGGGACUCACUGCUCUCCACAAACUCUUUGGUGUCCCGUGACUCUACCCUGUCCCUUGCCUCCUCCCAGGCCUCAGGGCCAGAGCUCUCCCGUCAGCUGCUGACUUCCUUCGUCUCAGGCCUCUCUGAUGGCAUGGACAGUGGCUAUGUGGAGGACAGUGAGGAGAGCUCCUCCGAGUGGCCCAAGAGGCUUGGCAGCCAGGAACACAGGGGCCACCGCAGGCCUGGGCAAAAGUUCAAUAGAAUCUAUAAAAUCUUCAAGAGCACCAGCCAACUGGUACUGCGGAGGAAUUCUCGGGGCCUAGAGAGCGGCGCAGACACAGCCCUGCCCCUGCGGCGGGCGGGGAGCCUCUGCAGCCCGCUGGACAGCCCGACGGAGCCCCCCUCCCGCGCCCAGCGCUCACGCUCCCUGCCCCAGCCCAAGCUCAGCACCCAACUGCCCAGCUGGCUCCUGGCCCCUGCCCCAUGCCACCAGCGCCGCCGCCCCUUUCUGAGUGGGGAUGAGGACCCCAAGGCUUCCACACUUCGGGUUGUGGUCUUUGGCUCUGACAGGGUUUCAGGGAAAGUGGCUCGGGCAUAUAGCAACCUCCGGAGGCUGGAGAACAAUCGGCCGCUCCUCACGCGGCUGUUCAAACUGCAGUUCUUCUAUGUGCCUGUGAAGCGAAGCCAUGCAACUGGCUCUGGUGCCAGCCCAGCCCCUCUGAGCCAGAUGUCUCCAUUCCCCACAGACUCCCCGAAGCAGCCAAACCCAGCAGAGCUGGGCACACCCCCAUGGGAGGACAGCACAAAUGACAUCUCCCACUACCUUGGCAUGCUUGAUCCCUGGUAUGAGCGCAAUGUGCUGGGCCUCAUGCACCUGCCUCCUGAAGUCCUGUGCCAGUCCCUGAAGGCUGAGUCCCGGCCCCUGGAGGGCUCCCCUGCCCAGCUGCCCAUCCUGGCCGACAUGCUGCUCUACUACUGCCGCUUCGCUGCCCGGCCGGUUCUGCUGCAGGUCUAUCAGACAGAGCUGACCUUCGACAAUGGGGAGAAGACGACGGAGAUCUUCAUCCACUCCCUGGAGCUUGGUCACUCUGCUGCCACCCGAGCUAUCAAGGCUUCAGGUCCUGGCAGUAAGCGGCUGGGCAUCGAUGGCGACCGGGAGGCCGUCCCUCUAACACUACAGAUUGUUUACAGCAAGGGGGCCAUCAGUGGACGAAGCCGCUGGAGCAACCUGGAGAAGGUCUGUACCUCUGUCAACCUCAACAAAGCCUGCCAGAAGCAGGAGGAGCUAGACUCCAGUAUGGAGGCACUGACGCUAACCUUAACAGAAGUCGUGAAAAGGCAGAACCCCAAAUCCAAGAAGGGUUUUAACCAGAUUAGCACAUCACAGAUUAAAGUGGACAAGGUACAGAUCAUUGGCUCCAAUGGCUGCGCUUUUGCCGUGUGUCUGGACCAGGAUGAGAGAAAGAUCCUGCAGAGUGUGGUCAGGUGUGAGGUGUCACCUUGCUACAAGCCAGAGAAGAGUGGUCUGCCACCCCAGAAGUCCCCUGACCUGCUGGCCCAAGCCACACCUGACCUCUGCUCCCUCCUCUGCCUGCCCAUCAUGACUUUCAGUGGAGCUCUGCCCUAGCAUGGCCCUUGCACCAGACUGAACACAAAGCCCUGGGCAACCUCUUCUGGACCCCUGUUCCUGGAAAGUUGCUUCUGUGGAGAACUGAGUGGCCUUGUGCCAGGUCAGGGUCCCUUUGUGGGCCCUGCAAUGGGCCUGAGGCAUGGUGGUAGAAGAUUUCUGGGGCCUCAGAAGCAGGUGUUAUGGAGAGGAGCUUGGCCUCUUAGCUGCUCAGAUUCCUCACAGCAGAAGGAGAGGGACGGGUGAGUGGACCUCCAAAGGGCGAUCUGAUACCCCAGCAUUCCAGUCUCUGGUUAGGCCUCCUCUCCUAACCGUUGGCUGGGCCCACCCUUGCUUCGUCAAAGACUUGGGAGUUCUGUGUCUGGAAUCCAGUCCUCUGCUCUGGGGCACAGGUGGGAGAAAUGUAGGUGUUCUUGACCUGACCUUCAAUAUUGUUUCCUCACCUUGCACCCCAGAAACACACACACAUUCACACACAUUUUCUCUCUUUUAAGUUCCCCAGUUCUCUGAAAAACUGCACUAACAUUGGACCUGUCUACUGCCAGGACCUAGUACAGAUGCUCUCUUGAGCCCCUUUCUGGAUCUGAGAUCCUGGGGAGACAGGAGAAACUUAAAAGUAGCCACUCAGGUAUCCUCUAGCUAAAUGACCAAAGGAAGUGAAUGAACUGUUUUGAGUUUCCAUUUCCUCAGCACUAAAUGGGAGGGAAAUAAAGCCUCCUUAAAGGUUUGGGAAAAAAAAAAAAAAAAAGUGUUCACAAAGCACCUAGCCCAGUGCCUCAUUGUGGUAGGUGCUCAGCAAAGAUUGGCGCCUUACCCUCUCAACCUUGAUUCCCCGUCCUUGGCCACUGGCACACUCACACUGCCUCUGUGAUGCUCCUCCUUCACUCCAUCCUGCUUCACCAUGAGGCAGAACCCAGGGAGGCAGUAAGGAGUGAUUUGUUGUACCUUCCAAAGAAGGAAUUGCCUUUGUCAGCUUCAGGGGAGGGAUGUUCAGGUGCUGUACCCUUCAGCCCCUCCUCUAUCAAGUUAUCCCAGUGCCCCCCAUUCCCAUCUCACUCCACGGGUUGGUACACAUUGUGUACAGAAUUUUCCAUCCCCACAAGUUCACUAGAAAUGUGGGCAAGAUCCCAGAGGGGUAGAAGAUGGAGGGAAUGAAUGGCCUCGUGAGCUUAUAGCCUGACUGGGGGACAUGGGACUCAUACAUAGUAAAUGGUCAACAAGAUGGCGUACAAGAAUUGAUGAAGGGUGUUUAAUAUUAUUGUUAAAUAAAACUCUAUUUGUUUCAUAUUUAAUGACUUUCUGUUAUUUUGCUACAUAACAUUUAACUGCUA